UGACAGUGCCGCAUGGCCGACGCAGAGCGGAUAACACGCCUUUAUUUCAAUUCCACGUGGAUUACAGUCAAGCGAAUAGUGAUUACAAACCGCGGAUUACCACGUGUUCGGGUUACAGUGAGGUUUUUACAGUGUGAAGACUAAGCUUCCAGCUGGAUACCUCACAGCGCCAAUACAACUACAUUCAACGCUGCCUGUAUGCCUACGUGAGCCAGUUCCGGAGGCCACCACCGCAGGCCGCUCAGCAGACCAUGAGUUACAUGCGUGGACCCGGGGAGACAGGGAACAAGGCCGUCAAAUAUACCCCCUGCAACAAGGGGGACCAGACGGACGAGGAUGAAUUGGAUGAAAUCGCAGUCGUGGGGGCGAGCGAUGAGCCGCAGCAAUCACAGGAGCAGGAGGCGACAGGGGAGCCGCAGGCCGAGUCAGAGGAUCAGGAGGAGCCCACAGUUAAUGGGCCUCGGACUCUGCCCGGUGGAGGGUACAUGGCGCCCUCAGAUCGGACCCGGCUCAUUGAAGGAGAUGGGCGGACUGGGUCCUCCGGUACCAUCUCCGUGGCCACGUCGCACCGGGUCAGCGAAGGUGGCAGGAAAACGGAGUCCCGCCACAGCUUAAUGGACUUAGUCAGCCAUAGAAUCGAGAGGUUGGGGCAGAGGAAAUCACACUGCUACACUAGGGAUGAUAUAGCAUUUUUGAACAAGGCUAGAGCGAACGAAUACAUGACUCAAAGGGAAAUACGAAAAAUGCGGCGGAAAGAAAUAGAUGAAAAAUUUGGCAAGAAAUAUAAAAUGCGGGAAAAAAUUGAACUGGCUGAGAAGAAGAUUGAUACUGGGCCGCUCCCGGCUGACAAGGACGGGUGUCGUUGGACCUUCGUAUUUGACCCAUCAGGGCGACUGGCGUACUGGUGGUCAUUCGUUGUCAGUAUUGCGUUCGUUUACAACUUUUGGGUGAUUGUGUACAGGUUUGCAUUCGCUGAAAUCAACAAGGAUAACAUCAUUAUCUGGUUCCCCUUAGACUACACCGCAGACCUCGUGUAUAUAUUAGACAUCUUAUUUCACUUUAGGACUGGAUUCUUAGAUGAGGGAGUCUUACAAACAGAUAGUACGAAAUUGAGAAUACACUACAUGAACACCACGGUAUUCUAUGUCGACUGUCUGUGCCUCCUCCCUUUAGAUUUUCUAUACCUCUCAAUAGGGUUUAAAUCUAUGCUAAGGUGUUUUCGCCUAGUCAAAAUAUACCGCUACUGGGCGUGGUUAGACCGCACGGAACGGCACACAAAUUACCCCAACUUCAUAAGGACCACUACCCUACUUCACUACCUUUUCGCGAUAUUUCACUGGAAUGCUUGUUUACACUACAUCGUAGCGGAUUCGAUCCUAAAAUCUGAUCUGUGGCAAUAUAACUUGGAUAAGGAUAAAGAUGUGUUGUAUUUCAACUACUUGAAGGGCCUUUACUGGAGUACGUGCGCCCUGACUACCGUAGGCGACCUGCCCAGGCCCGAGACGCCCGGGGAGUUCGGCUUCUAUGUUAUACAGAUCGUGUUCGGAUUACUCUUGUUUGCGUCUGUUUUAGGACACGUGGCAAACAUCGUGGCGAGCAUUAGUACGGCGAGAAAAGACUUCCAAGCAAAACUAGAUGGCGUCAAAACCUACAUGUCAUUACGGCGAGUGCCAAUGCAUCUCCAAGAACGGGUAAUCCGCUGGUUUGACUACCUCUGGACGAGCCACAAGUCCUCAGACGAGGACAAAGUACUCAACCUCUUACCGGAUAAGUUAAAAGCAGAAAUCGCCAUUCACGUUCAUUUGGACACGCUAAAAAGAGUUGAAAUUUUCCAAAACACGGACCCUGGCUUUUUAUGUGAACUUGUCUUAAGAUUGCGACCCGUCCUAUUUUCGCCUGGGGAUUAUAUAUGUAGAAAGGGUGAGGUGGGAAAAGACAUGUACAUUUUGAGUCGCGGAAAACUCGAAGUUGUAGAGGACACGUUUCACGGGCCCCAGAGCUGCCCUGGAGAUCGCAACCGGUCGUCUGGGGAGAUCGGCAAAGACAUGUAUAUAGUAAACCGCGGGAGGCUCCAAGUCGUCGGCGACAACGGGCGGACUGUCCUAGCUACUUUGAAGCCCGGGAGCUACUUCGGCGAAAUAAGUAUUCUUAAUAUGGGGACGGCGGGUAACCGGCGGACGGCCUCGGUGCGGUCUGUGGGUUAUUCGGAUCUCUUUUGCCUCAGUAAGCAGGAUAUGUGGGACGUCUUGAAGGAGUAUCCCGCAGCUCGGGUGAAGUUAGAAGCCAUAGCUGUGAAACGUUUGGAAAAAUACAAGAAAGCGCCUUUAGAAAAAGGCUUCCUCGGUAUCUCACCUCCUCCCAGCUACACAUGCGAGGGAAGUCCCGAACUUGCGCAACUUGCCGAACUUGGUUUAAGACCCUCAUCUUUAGCACGUAGCAAAAGUACGCCGGGACUAGUGGAAUCCGCUGGGAAAAUUCCACUGGAGCAUAUGCAAAUGACGGGAGACUACCCAUCACUCAAUCCGCGGCCUAGCCGGGACCACCACAGUUGCUCGGACAUAUCGGGAGAGGCGCCACCGUCGACAACAAGCGACUGCAACGCUCAGGGGCACACGACGGGGCCGACGGAGGAGAAAUCCGCUAUAGACUCAGGACACACUGCGCCUCCUACACCAUAUAUUACUGAACUCUCCCAAGGGGAGCCCCCAAAAUUUUCUCUGACGCCUCCAUCGACGCCAAUGUCUGGUCACUCUCCAUUACCAACUACUGUUGUUCCGAAUAUCGGCGUCUCCCCUCCCAAUAUUACGGAGAGCAAUCACGGCUCUCCUGGCCUUAUAACGGACAAUAUUCCUCUUCAAUCCUUUGGUGCUCCAUACUCUACUACUGCUACUCUCCAGAUGUCUCCAAUCUCCAUGCCUCUGCUCUCCCCGGGCGGCUAUGGCGGCGCUGGGUCAUCCUACCGCUCCAGUACCUCAAACCUCCUCUCCCCAGCCCUGUCACCAAACCUCACACAUCACAGUCUUUCUCCAAAUCAACCUCUGAACACUCUCCAGUCAAUGAGUCCACACAUGGCUUCCAGUAGCACGUGCUCGCUAGCGCGUGAUCCAUCAAGUGACAUUCUGUUGCAGGAGAUCUCGCGGCUUCGCGAGAGACUGGUUGCCUUGGAGACUGAAAACGCGACAAUGAGCAUUAAAUUAAAUCAAUCACAGUGGGAGGUAGAGCAGCGUCUCUCGGAGAUUGAGAUGCACAUAUGCGGGAGCGACAGCAUCGGAAGUGGCGGAUCAGGUGACAACAAGGAGUCAGUCAUAUAACACUGCAAGGGCAUCAGCUGAUUUUUAUACAAACAUUUUAUACAAAAAAAACAGAAAUUACUCAAAUGUUGAAUGCAAAGAUACAUUCACAAAGUCAUAACUCCAUUGAGCAACAAAAUUGACCAUGAUAUUGAUAUUCGUGUAAUGGGGUUGAUUUGGGAACGGGCAUAAACUGGAAUUCCUUCAAAAUGUCUUCGAAUGUUUUAUCUAAAAAGUCAAAGAGCUUCUUCCGCACAAAUUACUUAACCGAAAUUGAACAAACUUCGUCACUGGCGCCAAAGUUAUUGAUGCAUACCUCUUGUCUGCUUUACGGGUUUGGAAACUAUGAUUUUAUGAGAAUUGCUCAGCAGACUAUCUUUGCUACUUUAACAAGAUGUCAUGUUCGUAUUUUUACAUUUUGAAGUCGGAUGGACUUCGUUCUUAAAUCGGCUUUUGUCCUUGUAGAGUAUUAACCCUUGCACUACCGAAUUCAUGGCCCGGUCACCUUCCAGCAUCAGUCAACAGGUCAAAGUGACUUUCGGCCAAAUGUUCAAACAUUUGGGCGUUACCAUCCUAGACCUAGGUAAGGCCCGGGGUCUCACUGGCAGCGUUGCGGUAGAGGCGCGGUUGAUUGCGGUAGAUUGCAGUUGUCAUAUUUCUUGUAGCCGUGUCUCAAACAGGAUGUAGGCCUCCUUCAUUGUUACUAGAAAUAGAUUCAGGCGGCUAUGCAAUCACCUGUAGAUGACGAGUGACGGGCGUUCACCUGAAACAGGCUGUUGUCCAACUCUUGCAGCGCGCAAAAUUGCAGCAGUUCGUUUUCACUUGUACCGCACCGGCCCAUCCGCACAUGCGCCGAUAUGAACUGAAUAUCUGCUUACGUAAUCUUCAGCUGCAGAAUAAAAUGCCAACGAAAAUUGCGCAGUGAAAGGGUUCAUAAACUGCUGUUAGAAUUCCACUUCUUAUCUUUUUGCUGUGUAUAUAUGGUGGGGUCGGGCUUUAUUUAAUUGUGAUUUUAAUAUAUUAUUCGACGCUGAAACUGGUGCCUUUUCAAUCAGGAUGUAUGAGAAUUACGUCAUCUUCGUACGUUUUCGUGAAUAGGAAAACAUUCGAGGAAACCUCGGGUGACUCCGUGAGGACUUCGAGAAAUUGCGGAAUUGUGAGCUGAUACAAUCACGAGCGGAUGAUACUAGCUCAGGACUUGGAGUGGAUUCUGUGCUCAGUUUCAGGAAAUAAAACGACAUCGCCUCCGCGUGCCAAUUUUAGAAUCAAAAUAAAACAUCACGGGUUUGAGUCACGUGAUGAAAGCAGCAGACGAUUGGAAGCAGACAACAGUGAUGCCCAUCUUGAAUAUAGAGGGCGCAGUCUGCAGUAUAUGUAAAUAAUGGUUUUACUCCCCUAGUAUUAUUUUCCACAUCUUGAUUAGAAUUCUCAGUAGAGAGUGGAGUUUUACACUUCAGAAUAUGACAUCCAAAGAAAGCGAUUUUAGUCCAGUUGUGGCUAAAACAUCUUCUUGUUACAUCAGCGGUUGAUAAGACAAAUUACAGUAUUGUAUAAAACAAGGACUGGAAGAGGAAUUAAACGGAACCACAACGUGCUUUCUGUGAUACUGCCAUUGUUAUGCAUUAUGCAGAUUCCUAUAGGAAGUGAAAUUGUUACAGAUGCGCAUGCGUGAAACUGCUCUAGGUGUGAACUGGGGUCAACUAUUCUGUUAUUGGUUGACAUCUAAAUGGGAAAAGAUAAGUUCAAAUGCUGAACACAAUGCUGAGAAGACGUUUUAUGGCUCAAACAGAUGAACGGUUCAAAUGCAAUCACGAAAACGAUUUUAUUUAUGUUUAUUAAUGAUGUCCUGGGUUUGUAAACAUGGUUAGUGGGAACAUUUGAAGUUUUGUUAAGUUUACGGCCGACAUUUUAAGUUUAAUGUUUGCCUCUCACAUAUAUAUAUGGUAGAAUCAAGGCAUUCAUGCCUUUCAGUUAGAGGUCCAAGCAGACGUUUGCCAUAAACUGCGUCAAAUUCUUAAAACAGUCAUAUUAUCCUUGCCUGUGUUAAUUAAUCAAUUCGUCCAUUUUUAUAAUCAGUAUUAUAGAUACACUGUAGACUGCUAAUUAAAACCUCUAAAAGAGGUUGGAAGCUGAAUUUGACAACCGAAUAUAGGUUUGACAUGUGUGAACCUAAGGAACUCCUUUACAGUAAUGCUUUCUGCAUGUCUGGUUCCAUUUAUCUAGUUGUCUCUGUCCUGGAGCCUUAUGCGGGCCUGUAGGUAACGGUGUCGAUUAUAACAACAGUAACAACACCACUACGAUUUUUUACUUCUGUGCGUCUUCAGAUAUACUUGAAGUGUGCAUUUUUAUGUUAUCACCCCUAAAGUUAUCAUUUCCAUAACCAUUUACAAAUUUGUGUUUAUUCCAUUUGUUAAAACGUCCAACCAAAAAAAUUGAACUCGAAUUUGAAUUUGCGCACUGGAUAUAAAUUUCAACCUUGACGUUGAGUACACAUGUACACAAGAACUAUAGAUACCAAGUUUCAGUGCCUUUGCAUGCAUAAUAACUGCACUACGGCAUUGUGUAUAUCUAUUUGAUACAUGGGCCACCAGUAGAUAUGAUAAACAGUAACGGCAUACCACUUUAAACUAUCGAGUUUUCCCUGCGAAACACAUGAAAACUAAAAAAUCAUACAUUUCGUCAUUGACUUUGUUAAUAUUCCUUGCUGACUUAAAUUCUAAUUGCGUUCACGUCUUCAGAAGCAUUCCUUGCAUAAAAUACAAAGAAAUUCCAUACCCUAUCUACUAUUAUACGUCUUUUAUCAAUUACGCCAACAUUACUUGUACAAAAUCUUAGAUUUGAAAUUCAAACUACGGGUUUAAUCAAAGGGCAUUCCGCGUCCGUAUUCGCAUGAAAUGUAGUAUGGCGCAUACAAGUCAUUCCUGUCAUUCACUCCUUGAGCACCGCAGGUAGAAGGUCUCCUAGUGAUCGGGUAAUGCAUUCCACUUUUCAUUUGAUGCUACCAGAGGAUCAAAAAUGGUAGGAUCAACGUAAAUCAAAGAUGUUUACAUGGGUAGAUUUUAGGAGUAAAAUACAUGUAUUUUCUAUGUCAAACAUUCCGUGUAUGCGCAUGCAUACAAGGCAAAAAAUCCCUGGAAGAACCAUCCAGUGACUGCGUUUAUAUCAUUUUGUUACCUUUGAAUAUGUUCUGUACCGUUAUUCGCGUCAUACGCCAUAUUACACUACACGAGCCAUGUACUAAGUACUAGGCCAAUAUACUAUAUGAUGAUGUAUAUGAUGACGAUAGAGGCCGAAAGUAAGCUUCCUUUUGUUUACAAACCCAGGACAAUCAACAGCUGGCAUUCCAUGUUAAUUUUUGUUUUUGUUAAAGUUUGAGAGGUGUCUUUCAAACAGUCGCCGAGCCAUCCGCAGGAGCCAUUACGAUUUUCAAGUGUCCCCAUUUGUUCCAUUAUGAAACUUGUGAUACUGCUUUAUUGAAUGAGACUACUGGUUUAGAGCCGGUGUAGAAGUAGAAAAUGUCCCCCUGAAAAAAGUGGCCGAUCCUAUUGUAUUCUGAAGGAUUAUAGUAUGUGGCUCUAGAUUUAUAGAGGCCAUGACUGUUAAAACUUCGGAGAUAGAAAGCGUAUGAUAGAAUCCUUUGUUCCCUGGACAUUCUAUCCCGGCUAGGACAUUUCAAACUUCUACACCGUUACAACGGUCACUGCAGGGCAAAGUGGUCGUAAAUGUAUGACUUCUGGUGACCAAGCGACCAGGGGUUCAAAUCUCUCUCGAGCCGCGUUGUUUGUUCGAAGGUUAGCUGAUGCGCUGAGCGUCUGCAACACAACAUCCUCCGGAGAAGACCUACUGCAGACACCAAAGUGCUUCGAGCAUGGUCGAUCUGGAAAAGCUCUUUAUCAUAUAAGUUAGGUCUUAUAUUAGCUAUAUUUUCCCCUAAAUCAAAGUUGGCUCCUGCUGAUGUUUCGGUACAUGUUAUGGUAAGAGUAUUUCAAGAACACCAUUCCAAAACGUGCAGUAUAGGUAAAAGUUGUCGAAAAAGGCAGGUUUGUUCAAAAAGCGCAAUACAUUGUGUAGCUGUGGUAUUGUUCGAAAGGUAUCGUUAUGAGCCACUGAUGGCUAUUGCUAAGGCUAAAAGCUAAAAAGCUAAAAUGUAACCCGAAAUAAGGUUGGUUGGCAUUCGGGUGCUAGCCUGCCAGCGCAAUGGGACCAGUUACUGGUGGUAACGCUAUUUGAACAAAAAGGCAAGGGCUGUAUAGAGAACUUGAAUAUUCCACUUCUAAAUUGUUCCAAGUCUAUUAUUCUUGCAUAGACUUCUAAUCAAAAAUCUCAUGUCAUUCUGUAAACAAUACGGCAUGGGUCAAAUAAUUCAGUCAGUCAAACCUAAAGUGUUGGUGCAGACUGGCCCGGUUUUACCUUGGUGUUUAAGAUAUCCGCGGUCCGGCCUGGGCGCAGGCUCCAAACAGGAGCCAACGGUCAAAAGCAGUGCGCGGAGAGUUUCUUUGUUUAUGUUUUAAUGUAUACUACUAUGUUUUUUCUCUAAAAAUAAUCUUAUUUCGAUUUUUGUAUUUUAAUACUUCAGCGGCGGGUGGAAACCUGCUGCAGUGCCACACGUAAAUAAACCAUGAAAUCUCGUUAAUACGCGAUCGCACGAGACUUCAAGUGACCUAGAUCUUCGCAGGUGUUUUUGAUUUCGAUUCGCUUUCAAAUAUCGUUCACAGCAACGUGGUAACCUAAAUUUAUACGAAUUAAUUCAAAUAUACAUUUUGAAAAUACAUGUAUUGUGUAUUUCAUUUACUUUACCCCUCAAAAUCCGACUACUCUGAUCAAUCUAAAAAAACAUACGCGCCUCUUCAGGUCAGAAAAGAACUGCAAACCAAGGUCAAGGUCACUGGGAGUGUAGUAGAAACCACUGAGGAAGUAGCGUGCAUCGAGUCAGGUCAAUUUCGUGGCCUUUUGACACCCAAGGUCAAUGUUAAAUGGGGUCAAAGGUCAAAGACAUAAUCAUACACCAUUGAAACAUUUGUGCCAUAAUCAUGCGUCAUAUCAAUACCAUUACUCGCUCUUAUUCGCUCUCUUUACCGUUAAUAAAUGAUUAAACUCUAUGUUGAUUUUCA